UCAAACGUAUCCUGCGCAUGCAUUCACCUCGUGAGCUAUUCCGGUUGAAGGGACGCAUUUUGCAUUUAUUAGGGCUUUUCUGCGGAGCCAAGGGCGGAACCAAGCCUUGGCAUUUGCGGGAGCCCUGCAACGGACCUGGACAUCAUCGCACCACAUUACAAGGCCAUGACGAGCAUGCAGAAAGACGGCGCGGGGGAUGUAUGCAGCCGCUUCCUCAAGGGCGCGGCCAUCAGCGUGUGGCAGAACAGCUUUGACGAGGCCAGCAACUGGACCGCCUUCGCGGUCAAGCCCCACAGCCUGGCCGAGCGCUUUCGCGGCAAGGACCCGCAGUUGCGAUUGGAUACGUGCCCCGACUUCUGGAACAGGUACCACGAAGACAUCCAGUGCUGCCGGCUGCUGGGGUCCAACAGCCUGCGCCUGUCGCUCGAGUGGAGCCGCGUCAUGCCCAACGGGCCCGGGCAGGUGGAUGAGGCGGCUGUGCAGCGCUACAAUGACAUCCUGGACGCGUGCGAGGGUGCGGGCCUGGUGCCCAUGCUCACCCUGCACCACUUCACGCACCCGCAAUGGUUCCAACAGCUGGGUGGCUUCGAGGAGGAGGGGAACAUCAGGUACUUUACGGAGUGGGCGGUCACAGCGUUCAAGCUGUUCCGGCGCCACAUGAAACUGGUCGCCACAUUCAACGAGCCCACCUGCGCGGCGUUCACUGGCUACAUCGCCGGCAUUCACGCACCUGGCCGCCGCGGCGACAUCGCCACCGCCGGUCGCGUGCUGCUGCACAAGCUGCGCGCCCACUCCGCCGCCUACGCCGCCAUCAAGUCGCAGGAGGGCGGCGGCGACGUGCGGGUGGGGCUGGUGCACCAGCAGAUCACGUUCGAGCCGGAGGGCACGGGGGCGCUGUACUCGGCGUCUCGCUGGACUGCGGAGUGGCUGACGCACUGCUUCGGAUGGGACGUGGUGCACGAUUACCUGAUGACAGGUCGUUUUGCGUGGCGCAUCCCGGGCGGCCGGCCCGGACACCUGGAGGUUCAAGAGCCCAGCGGCCGCCCGCACGUGGACUGGCUGGGUAUCAACUACUACACGCGCGUGGUGCUGGACUGGCGCCUGGGCUUCACCUGCCGCCCUGGCGAGGUGCUCACAGACAUGGGGUGGCCGGUGGUGCCGGAGGGCCUGUACGCCGCCAUCGUGCACUGCGCUGAGCUGGGCGUGCCGCUCUACAUCACCGAGACGGGGCUGGCCGACGGCGCCGACGACCGCCGCGCACCGCUCAUUUCCGCGUACUGGCAGCAGGUGGCGCGGGCGGUGGCGGACGGCUAUGACGUGCGUGGGUUCUUCUACUGGACGCUGGUGGACAACUACGAGUGGCACCUGGGCUACAACAUGAAGUUCGGGCUGUUCGAGUGGCUGGAUGCGCCUCCGAAUGCACAGCCGCACCCGUCUGCGAUGGCGCAGCGGGCCCGCGCCGCCGCCGCCACGAACGCUGCGGCCCCGAAGCUGCGGCCCCUGCGCAUCGCCUCCGGCCCCAGCCCUCUAGCCGGCGCCUCCGCCACCAUCGUCAGUGUCACAUCUCCCUCGACGCCAAAAUGGCUCCACGCUGACGGCGACGGCGAGGAGCAGCUGCAAGCGGCGUGCACCCGGCUUGCUGGCAGCCUGCAUGCCUGCGCCGGCACUGGAGCGGCGGCGUCAGCGCUGUCGUCGGCACAGGUCGCGGCUGCUGAGGCGGCGUGCAGCGCCAGUUGCGCCGUCUCGGGCUGCCGCCGGCGGCUCCGCCGAGGCAGCUUGGAGCUGGUGCGGCGCUUCACCGCCACGCCGGACGAGCUCGGCGCCGCACAGGCCUCGCUGCGCGACACGAGUUGGCCGCCGCAGGAGCUGCCGCAGGAGCUGCGCCGACCCUACCCGUCAUCAGGCGGCGUCGGCGUUGGCGGCGUCCUGAGCGGCAUGGUGGUCGGCGUGGCCGGGCUACUGGCGUUGCGACCGGUGGGCAGGGCGCUGCGCAGUGUGGGGCGAGUGGCGCUGUCAGCACUGUACGUGCCGGUGCUGCUGGUGGGCGCUGCGUGGCGGCGCGCGCCACGCGUUGGGUACGGUGGUGUGUCUCCUGCAGCUGGGGCGGCGGCCGGCAGGGCUGGCGGGUCGGCAGGCGCGGUGCUGCUGGUGAUGGAUGAGGUGCCCCACGGCGUGGAGGGCACGGCAGUGUGAGGAACGCAGUCGCAGGGGCACUCCGCGCUCGGUGGCGCUGGUUUGGGAAGAGAAAGGCAUGGUAGUACUGAUAACAUGGCGAUGGCAAGAGCCCCAAAUGCCGCCGGUCAGUCGGGCACUGUGUUGGCCAUGGGCCAGGGGUGGGCUUCAAACAUCACUUGGUGGUUUUUGCUGCAGCAAGCAGCUAUGCACGCUGCUGCGCCUGGCACAAGGCAGGCAUUUAGGCAUACAACAAAACGCGACGCGCCUCGUCGUGCGGGACCCUCCGCGUGUGUGGUCCCCGACCUUGCGUUCCCUGUGUCUGGGCCAAUCUGGUCCUCAAGGUGUUCGACAAGUCGUACAUGAUAGGGUCACAGGGCGCUCUCUGUUUGGUUGGUAUCCCCCAGAGGAUGGUAUGGAUACAAUACGGUACACAUGAAGC